ACUCUGAUCGCGUUGCGUACUGCGCAUGCGUAAAUUGACUAGUCCUUGGACACAGCGAUCGCUGUAGGUGAAGUGGUCUCGGGAGCGACGUACAGUCAAAAUGCAGACCUGGAACCAUCUAUACCGCACACUUGCCACGCGAGGUCAGCACCUCCCCAACAGGCUACAUGGAGCCACAGUCUUGUCUUUGAGAACGUAUGCUGACAAAGCACCAAUUGAUGCUGAUGUCACAGUUGUGGGCUCCGGGCCUGGAGGAUACGUCGCCGCCAUCAAAGCAGCUCAGCUUGGCUUCAAGACAGUAUGCGUGGAAAAGAACGCGACCCUCGGAGGAACGUGCUUGAACGUGGGCUGCAUCCCGUCAAAGGCUUUGCUCAACAACUCGUACCUGUAUCACUUGGCACACGGAAAAGAUCUAGAAAGCAGAGGCAUUGAAAUUCAGGGGAUCUCAUUGAACCUGGAGAAGAUGAUGGCACAGAAGAGCGGGGCUGUCAAAGCUCUGACCGGAGGAAUCGCACACUUAUUCAAACAGAACAAAGUAACUCACAUCAACGGUUAUGGAAAGGUAACUGGCAAGAAUCAAGUGACCGCAAAGACUGCUGAUGGAGAGCAGGUCAUAAACACUAAGAACAUCCUCAUCGCUUCUGGAUCAGAGGUCACCCCCUUCCCAGGCAUUGAGAUUGAUGAAGACACCAUUGUCUCGUCCACCGGCGCUUUGUCCCUUAAGAAGGUUCCAGAGGAGCUCAUCGUGAUUGGAGCUGGAGUCAUUGGCGUAGAGUUGGGGUCCGUAUGGCAGAGGCUUGGUGCCAAAGUCACAGCGGUGGAGUUCCUCGGCCACGUCGGUGGAAUGGGCAUCGACAUGGAGAUCUCCAAGAACUUCCAGCGAAUUCUCCAGAAGCAGGGGUUGAAGUUCAAACUGAGCACCAAGGUCAUGGGCGCCACCAGGAGACCUGACGGCAAGAUCGAUGUGGCUGUGGAAGCUGCAGCUGGCGGCAAGAGCGAGACGCUCGCCUGUGACGUUCUGCUGGUGUGCAUUGGCCGCCGUCCUUUCACCAGUAACCUCGGCCUUGAAGCUGUCGGUAUAGAACUGGAUAACCGCGGGAGAAUCCCUGUCAAUAGUCGUUUCCAGACCAAAGUGCCCAGUAUCUAUGCCAUCGGAGAUGUUAUAGCUGGACCCAUGUUGGCCCAUAAAGCAGAAGAUGAAGGUAUCAUUUGUGUCGAGGGAAUGGCAGGAGGAACCUCCCAUAUAUUCAAGACCGAGGAACAGCUCAAAGAGGAAGGCGUGCCGUAUAAGGUAGGCAAUUUUCCCUUCGCAGACAACAGCAGAGCGAAGACGAAUGCUGAUACAGAUGGACUGGUAAAGAUCCUCAGCCACAAGGACACAGACAGGAUGCUGGGAGCACACAUUCUGGGAUCGGGGGCAGGAGAGAUGAUUAAUGAGGCUGCAUUAGCUAUGGAAUAUGGAGCAUCAUGUGAGGAUAUUGCAAGAGUGUGUCACGCCCAUCCCACUGUAUCAGAGGCCUUCAGAGAAGCUAACAUUGCUGCUUCGUUUGGAAAAGCUAUCAACUUCUAGAUUUUCUUCGUAUACCCUUGUAUAUAAAUAAAGUAUCUUCUGCAUUUUUUCCAAACAGUCCACACAAUCUGGAGUUCUUCAGUCUCUGGGCUUUCAGGUGUACCCUUCAUGCAUUCAUCCAGAAUAACCCUGCAAAACACUUAGGCCUGUUUUCACAGAUGGGGCUUAGACUGAGUCAGGAUUAGGCGAUAGUACAAUUAGGACAUUUAAGUAAUUUUUAUUAAUAUGCCUUAGAAAAAACAUUAAUGGUGUGCAUCUUGGGACAAAACAAAGGCACUGAUAUAUUUUAACAUCAGUUGAAACUGCUCAGACUUACAUUUUAGUUUGGGACUAGGCUUAAGCCUUGUCUGUGAAACCGGGGGUUAGUCUGUUAUUUAAUUGUCCUAAUAAAGGAGUUUGGGUCUUAUGUUAAACUUCGCCUGACUGAGAAGAACGUGGUUUGGAUUUUAUAAAUCAGUAGUGUUGUUCACUGUUGGGUUAUAUGUAACACAUUUCAUGCUGGUGGUCAUAAAUAGUCUCCCGAAAACCAAAGCAAUAAUUUUGACGGUUGGAAAAGUUGACUUUGGCUGUACUGAAAUACACAGGAGAUGAAUAAAGAGGAACAUCAUUA